AUGCACAAAGAAUUUUACAUUAGUACUAGCGACUGUGAACGUUACCGUCUAGACGUGUCGCCUUUCACCACCCUAGAGCAACUCACAGGGACUCUGGCCGAGGUCUUUGGAUUUGCUGAUACCAAAUCUUUGUGGCUCAUUGACAAACAACGCGCCCAUCUUUCGACUCUCAAAGAUGUGCAAGAGACCGAAGACGUUAUUGAAUUGCGCGCAGCACGCCAUGAAUCCAUUCGCGAGCCCCCUGGACCUCGCCCGAUACCCUUCGUCGGCAACCGCUACGAGUUAUAUCCCGACGUUCUCGGAAAUUAUGACCGAUUGUUCUCGCUAUAUGGCCCUAUGAUCAAGACCGUCAAUAUGGGAACAACCAUCUAUCACACCAAUGACCCGGAGAUCGCCCGUCAUGUGUUGCGCGAAGACAAGCUCUUCACCAAAGCCACAUCCGACGCAUCACACCCACUGCACUACAUGAGCGACCAAGCCUGCCUCUUUACUUGCGAUAGUGCAUCUCCUGCCUUUGCACCAAGCCAUAAGUUUGUACCUCCCACAAUGUCGCCGCGUGCUGUGGCCCACUUCAUGCCACUGAUCCAAGAUGCCACACAAUCCAUUUUUACGGUAUUCGACGAGUUGGCUGAGUCUGAUCUGGCGGUCAACGUCUACCAAUAUAUGUUCAAACUUGCAUCACAAAUUAUUUGGCGCGUCGUUCUAAACCAAGACCUCAAGCACUUCGAAACGCCGAAGACGCCGCCAUCGCUGCCUAUCCGACUGUUUGGCCAGUAUCUCUCGCUGAUGAAGAAAUCAUCAAUGCAGCCGCAAUGGUUCAAGUAUCUCCCUUUCGGAGAUCCCGCAAAAGUGAAGAUCGUCCGUCAGCAGGUGCUUGACAACUGCGAGGAGGCCAUGAACGCCAGCGUCAAUAAGGAUGGUCCUCCUCUUUCUCUGUCCGACCCAACGGCCUUGCAGAGCGCCACUUGCGUCGCCGAUUUCCUGUACCGCGCUCGUGACGAGAAUGGAGAAGGGCUACCGUACGACCUGGUGCUUGGUAAUGUAGUGGUGACUGCCGGUGCGGGAUUCACCACCAGUUCAUCUCUACUUUCCUGGGCCCUUUAUGCUCUUCUCCGGUACCCUGAAAAUCAGGAACGUCUACUGGAGGAGAUAGCCAGCCACCGUGGUGAUACCGACAAACACUGGACGUAUGAAGAAAUCCACAGCAUGAAGUUUCUGGACUGUUUCGUCAAAGAAGUUCUUCGUCUCCACAGCCCCAGUUUCCAGACCGCACGGAAUGCCAAACAAGACACGAUUUUACCAGGGGGGUAUUUGAUUCCACGUGGCUCAAUUGUCAUUGCGUGCUUUCCAAGUAUACACAAAAACCCAGCCCACUGGGAUAAUCCCCUACGAUUUGAUCCUGACCGCUGGGUGGAUGAAGGUUUUGCGGCGCGUAUGGCCCGUCAGGGUUCGUACACACCGUUUGCAGCGGGAGGUCGAGGCUGCGUGGGGUUCAAUUUGGCGCUCACACAAGUCAAGCUGGUACUGGCGGAGUUGGUGUAUCGAUAUGAAUUCGAAGAUUCAUCGCCAGAGGCGGUCGUGUAUGAUCCUGAAUUUCUGGUGGUCCGUCCGUUAAACUUCUACGCCGGGCUGAGGAGGCGAACAUAG